AUGAACUCAGAUCAGUCACCACCUCCACAACCACCACCACAACAACAGCCAGGGCUAGAUCCCAGCAGUUUGCCCACUCUAGGCACAACGUACCACAAAUCGUCAUCGAAGCCGUUGUAUGAAGGAGCCAACGGUAUCAUCUUCAAAGGAUGCGACUCGACUCAUUCGUCUGCGUUGGUGUUGAAGCAGAUCAAGCGCAAGCUGCACCAGCCGCUCGCGAGAUAUUUGGCGUCGGUGAUGCGCGAAGUCAACAAUAUGAAGCUUGGAGCUUGCAAGUUUGUGAUGCCCGUGUUGGGCUUGUGCAAGAUGAGCGAAGAGGAUGAUGAUGAGGAUGAAAAGGCGAGGGAGCUGGCUAGCCCUACCUCUUCUAUUGGUUUGGCGUCAUCCGAUAUAGCUCUCGUGAUACCGUACUAUCCCAAAGGCGACAUUUUGGACUUGCUUUCGCGCACACGAAGAUUCAAAAUUGACAUUUCCCCCAGUAUGAAAGAUGCGUUAUUCAAGCAGAUCGUCAAGGGAGUCAGCUUUUUGCACGCGAAGAAUAUCGCGCAUCGCGACCUCAAGCCGGAAAACAUCUUGAUUGACGACUUGGGCGUAGUGAAGAUUUCCGAUUUUGGCUAUAGCGAAAACCUCAAUGAGCCCGAGUUGAUCGCGCACGAGUUCCAUCAGGUGCCGCAUGGCUUGGUCUCUGGCACAAACAGCUUUAAAGCGCCCGAAGUAUUUGCAUUGGAACUCCAGUUGGACCGCGUGAGCAUCAACCAAUACCAAAUAUCCCUGCACGAGUUUCAAGAUUUCAAAAAAUGGGACAUGUGGGCGUUGGGCAUCACUUACUUUGCAAUCUACUUGAUGAAAUGCCCUUGGAAUCUGGCCAAUUUGGGCGACCCCAAGAACGCCACGUUUGCGAAAUACGUGCGCAGCUACCCCAAGAGUGACAAGCAGUGGAAACAGUUGAUUCUGGACUUGAACCAUAAUCGACUCGUGAACGAUCUGAGCGCGUUGCAGUUGUUCAAGAGCUUGCAUUACGAUCUGCGCGAAUGUAUCUUGCAGUUGUUGAACCCGGCACCUGAAAAGAGACUUACUGCUGAUGAGUUGUUGGAGACAAAGUGGAUGAGCCACGUUUAUGCUAACCCGAAGGAUUUGAUCAACUUGGUGCAGCGGUGA